CAACUUCAAGAAAAUCAUUUACUUGACUUCUACACUGCAAAGCUUUCGUCAAUGGCGGAAUUCAAUUACGCCUUCAUCUCUCUCGUUCUUCUUCUUCUUCCUUUCGCACUCCUCGUCUUCCUCUACUUCAUAGUGCGUCCGCGUCCUGUUAAGAUUCCUUUGAAGAAUCGUCAUGUCUUCAUUACGGGUGGAUCCAGCGGAAUCGGGCUCGCGUUGGCUCACCAGGCCGCAUCGGAGGGUGCGCGUGUCUCCAUCCUUGCGCGCUCUCUAAACAAGCUCGAGGACGCCAAGGACGCAAUCCGGCUCUCCACCGGCAUCGAUGUGGCCGUCUACGCCGCCGAUGUCAGAGAUUACGAUGCCAUUUCGAGGGCUGCAGAUGAAGCGGGGCCGAUUGACGUUCUUAUCGUGAAUCAAGGCGUGUUCGUACCUCAGGAACUGGCGGAGCAGGGAAUGGAUGAGGUGAAAUUCAUGUUAGAUGUUAAUUUAGUGGGCACUUUUAACAUGAUUAAGGCUGCCCUACCUGCGAUGAAGAAUAGAGUGGACCGUCGACCAGCAUCCAUUGCUCUCAUGUCUUCUCAGGCCGGUCAGGUUGGCAUUUAUGGUUACACGGCUUAUUCAGCCAGUAAGUUUGGGCUUCGUGGUUUGGCAGAAGCCUUGCAGCAGGAGGUCAUUGGAGAUGACAUACAUAUUUCUGUCAUAUUCCCUCCAGACACUGACACUCCUGGAUUAGCAGAAGAACAUAAGAGAAGACCUGAAUUGACCAGUAUCAUUGCUGCUGGAGGAGGCAGUAUGAAAGCUGAGGCAGUUGCCAAAAAAACUUUAAAUGGCAUUAAAUCUGGUAGUUUUAUAGUCCCCUGCAACUUUGAGGGAGCAUUAUUGUCCAUAUCAACUGCCGGCUUAUCACCUCAGAAUUCAUUCUGGAUGGCAUUCCUUGAAGUUGUUUUUGCUGGAAUAAUAAGGAUCGUGGCCUUGUGUUUUCAAUGGGUUUGGUAUGGAAGUAUCGAAAAGUGGAAUGCACAAAAGAAAAGAACGUAGAAGAUACGGGUGGUCCUUUUAUUUAUAGUUAUCAGUAGUGAAAGUCCUUUUGACUCCAAAAUAACUGGAACUGGAAGCGAAAGCUUGGGCAGCCGCUCAAACGGGUAGAACGCCAUUGCUCCCGGAUCGAAUUUUCUGUAGGCAAAGGGUCAAGAACAUCACGGUUGAUGGGUUGUAAUUUUCAGUUUGUGAUAGGAAGGAUAUUACAGUUAUUUGCUCUUUUCCUCUCAUUUUUACAGUAAACUUAUUAUGAUGUUUUCCUUACUGUUUGCUUUGAGGAGGAGUUUGAAUUAACUUGUAGGGACAGAAUUUGAUAAUGUGAUGACGUUUGGACAUUUAUGAGCGUUUUUCUGUAGCAAAAAACAGCAGAAUAAGAUAUGAUAUUUAUUUAGCAAAA